ACUUCCGGUGUGUUUUGUAACACGGAUACAUAACACACCGUACCACCGGGAGAACUCGUACCUGCUGACCUGUCCCCGGUCCCCGCUUACAUGUCCGCGGCGGUGAUAGUAGCCGCUGUUGUCGGCGGUGGGGUACUGCUCCUCAUGCGGCGUUUGUUCCCCCGGCAGAAAGCUGUGAAGCUGCUCCGGUAUCCCGCCGACACUAUGCGAGGAAAGACGGUCAUCGUGACCGGGGCUAACUGCGGGAUAGGGAAGGCCUUGGCCGGGGAGCUGCUGAAGCUCCAUGCCCGGGUCAUCAUGGCCUGUCGGGACCGGCGGAGCGCCGAGGAGGCGGCGAAGGACAUUCAGAGACAGGCGGGACCAGAGCAAGGGGAGGUGGUCAUCAAACACCUGGACCUCGCUUCUCUUCGAUCAGUCCGGACAUUUUGUAAGGAGAUCCGGGAGGAGGAAUCAAAGAUUGACGUGCUCGUCAACAACGCAGGCCUCUACCAGUGUCCCUACACAAAGACGGAGGAUGGUUUUGAGAUGCAGCUCGGUGUGAAUCACCUGGGUCACUUCCUCCUCACUCACCUCCUGCUGGACCUCCUGAAGUCCUCCGCUCCCAGCCGCAUCGUCGUGGUUUCCUCCAAGCUUUACAAGUACGGCCAAAUCAACUUUGACGACCUGAAUAGUGAAAAUAAGUAUGAUAAAGCUUUCUGCUACAGUCAGAGCAAAUUGGCCAACCUGCUGUUCACACUCGAACUGGCUCGCCAGCUGGAGGGCACGGGGGUCACGGUCAACGCUCUCACCCCGGGCAUCGUGAGGACCAGGCUGGGCAGGCAUGUUCAAAUCCCUCUCCUGGCAAAGCCGCUGUUCUACCUCGCCUCGCUAGUCUUCUUCAAGAGCCCGCUGGAAGGGGCCCAGACUCCCCUCUAUCUGGCCUGCUCCCCUGAGGUGGAGGGAGUGUCGGGGAAGUGUUUCGCUAACUGUGAGGAGGAGGAGCUGAUGGCCAAAGCUACAGAUGAACAGGCAGCCAAGAAACUGUGGGACAUAAGCAGGAGGAUGGUUGGGCUCGCUAACUGAGCAGAGUCCUGCUCUGUGGACGGGACUUAAUGUGUUCUUGGACAAAAUACUUAAUCUCCAGCAGACCCACAGACGCUGUUCUGCAGGCCUGUGAAAAGACCAGUUGCCAGCUUGGAGAUGUAAUCAAUAAUUGAAUGACAUGUGCCAAUAACGUGUUUAAAUUUGUAAGCAAGAGUGUUAAGUGUGCACUGAAAUGGUUUGAACUGAGAAUGUACAUAGCUUUGAAUUAAAAAAGGUUGAUGCA